AUGCUGUCAAAGAUAAAAAACAUUAUUUGGUGUCUAGGUCGGCAAAAAAUACGCAAUGGUGAAAUUGAUUCCGUAGUCACGUUACUUGACCGUUUGAUACUCUACAACUCCGGGCUAGCCUCAUACACCACGACUUACAAAGUGCACUGGACAGCCCAUGUACUAUUAACAUGUUUCAUUAUUGCCUGUGUCUUACAAAUAAUAGCCUUAUUUAUGGGUAAGGAUGACCCAGACAGGCUAUUUGAAUGCUUCAGCGUCCUCUCGUUUUGUGCCAUGGGGAUGCUCAAACUACUGUCGUUGAGGAAAAACCAUCGAAAGUGGCGAAAACUUCUUACCCAAAUAACAAUAUUGGAAAAUACACAGUUGAGCAAUCGCUCUAUGUCCUACGUCGAGUACCAAUCGGACAGCGAAGAUUCUGACAACUUCUCUGAACAUAUUAGUAUUUACACGAAAAAGUUUCGCGGAACAUCAAUUGUUCUGACUAGAAUUUAUUCCUUCACCGCUUUUCUCUUUAUUUUGUCACCGUUUGCGGAACGAAUAAUUUGCGAGAUUCGCGGCGUGGAAUGUGUGGGUUAUCCCCACGUAUUUCCAGGGUGGACACCACUGGACGAUUUCAGUAUUUUCGGCUACCUUGUAACCGUUCUAUGCGAGGUUUUUUCAGCUGUUUACUGUGUAUGUGUCCAUAUGGCGUUCGACUUAACAGUCAUAGGCAUCAUGAUUUUCGUUUGUGGUCAGUUUUCUUUGCUCCGGGACUAUAGUUCACGGAUCGGAGGUAAAGGGAGGCAGUGCAAUUUGUCAAUGAGAAGGGACGAGAGAGCUCGCUUCAGGAUCAUACGUUGUCAUGACAUUAAUCUUUUACUAGUCAAUUCAAUUACCGAGUUGGACAUGUUGCUGAAAAACAUUAUAGGAGUGUACUUCUUCGUUGCUACUCUAACAUUAUGCUCGGUUGCAGUCAGACUAAAAAGUGAGGACAUGGGCGUAAUGCAGCUGGUGUCACUGAUACAGUACAUGUGCGGUACUUUAACGCAGCUGUUCUUAUUUUGCCGCUACGGUGACGCAGUUUUACACGAGAGUACCAUGGGAAUGGGCGAAGGGCCUUUUGCAGCCGCGUCCUGGUGCUUGAGCCCUCGCGUCAGACGAGAUCUAUCAAUGCUUAGUGCUGGAAUGAUGAGCCAACGACAUCUGCGCGCCGGGCCGUUCAGCUUUAUCGAUCUACCUUCGUUUAUACAGGUAGUGCGUGCCGCAUAUAGCUACUACGCAGUGUUGGGCAAAAAAAAGAGUGAAGAAGUUUAUGUUCCAAAUGAUAAUGCUGCUUAA